AUGUACAAGAAAGAAGGCUUCUUGAGACAUGGGCGGUUGCGCUGUCCCUGGCACGGUGCCUGCUUCAGCACCCAGACGGGUGACAUUGAAGAGUACCCAACGCUGGAUUGUCUUCCCAUUUUCCAGGUGACAGUGGAAGAUGGGAAGGUGUCCAUCACGGCCAGUGUGAAGGACCUGGCCAGCAUGGGCAAGGUGAAACCUAUGAGCCAGCGAAGCCCACUUGCCAGGCAGGUGGUGCUGCUCCUGGGAGCAGGGCCGGCGGCACUGACGUGUGCCGAGAUUCUUCGUCAGGAGGGCUUCAUGGGCAGGAUCCUCAUGGUGACGAGGGAAAAGCACCUGCCCUACGAUAAGACGCAGCUGAGCAAGGACAUGGGAGCCAAGGCAGAGAGCCUUUACCUGCGGUCCCAGGGUUUCUUGGAUGCUCACGACAUAGAAGUCUGGAGGGGGAAAGAGGUGGUUUCCCUGGAUACCUCCAACAAGAAGGCACAUUUCCAUGACGGGUCCUCCCAGACCUACGACCGCCUGCUAAUUGCUACUGGCAGCGACCCCAAGCGUCUCAAGAUCCCCGGCACCAACCUCCAGAACGUGUGUUAUCUCCAGACCCCAGAAGAUGCCAACAGGAUCCUGCAGUUGGCAUCCAGCAAGAGGGUUGUGAUCAUUGGAGCAUCGUUCAUUGGCAUGGAGCUGGCUGCCACCCUGUCGAGCAAAGCCGUCGGCGUCCAUGUGAUCGAGAAGACUGAAUUUCCAUACCAAGGAUCCCUGGGGAGCGAGGUUGGAAAGCUCACCAUGAAGAUGCUCCACGAACAAGGAGUCCUGUUCUCCAUGAAGACCGAGGUUGCUGAGCUGCUCGGGGAACGCGGGAAGGUCUGGAUCAGAGGGGGGGGUGGCAGGUGCCAGUCAAUAAUUUGUCUUGUUUCCUCCCUCCAGGUCACUCAUGUACUUUUAGCCAACCGGCGCAAGAUCACAGCGGAUGUGGUGGUGAUAGGAAUAGGGGUUGAUCCCAACACCCGCUUCCUUCGGGGCAGCUCCGUCACCCUGGACCGGAAUGGCUGCAUUCUUGUGGACCUGUUCAUGAAGACAAAUGUCCCUGACGUCUUUGCUGCUGGGGACGCGGCCUCCUUCCCUGUGGCCCUGUUCAACUGGAAGAAUGCUUACGUCCGCCACUGGCAGAUCGCCCAAGCACACGGGCGUGUGGCUGCCCUCAACAUCUUGCAGAGGGAAGAGAAGCUGCACACGGUGCCUUUCUUCUGGACCAAGCUGCUCGGGAAGGUCAUCCGAUUUGCAGGCUAUGGGAAAGGCUACACAGACAUAGUGGUGAAGGGCAACUUGGACGACGAGAAGUUUGUCAUCUUCUACAUUAGGGACAACUUCGUGACUGCAGUGUCCAGCCUGAACUUUGACCCCGUGGUGUCCAUGGUGGCUGAAGUCCUCGACUCAGGAAGAAGGAUCACCAAGCAAGAAGCUGAGUAAGGGAUUCGGCUUUAUG